CAAAGCCAAGCUCGAGGGUUGUUGGAAAGUGCUGAGUCAGCUGUUUUGCCGCUCGUCCUGACAACCCAAACAAACAACAGCACCCACCACCCAAGAUGACCAGCCGCUUUGCGCACCGACCAGCCGCUUUGCGCACCGCCACGGCGAGCGAGCACAGAUUGUGCUGCCAAAUGGAGAUCGAUACAAAGGCGAAUGGAAGGAUGAUCUCAUGCACGGCAAGGGCAUGUAUGAGAGCAAGCGACACAAGUUCAUGUUUGAAGGCGAUUUCAAGUAUGGGCUCAGGGACGGCUACGGCGUGUACAGCAUAUUCCGCAAGGGCAAGUACCACAAGGAAUAUGUGGGCUCCUGGAAAGCAAACCUGUACCACGGCCACGGCGUGAAGUUUUACGACAUUGAGGGAACGGAGAUGUAUGACGGGGAGUGGUUUGAGGGCAAGCGCAGCGGGUGGGGCCGCAUGACAUAUGCAGACGGCAGCGUGUACGAGGGCGAGUGGCUCGAGGACCAGCGGUGCGGUCGUGGCCUCCUCCUCCUCGCGAACCAGAACCGGUAUGAGGGCGAAUGGGAGAACGACUUGAAGCAUGGGCGCGGCACCUUCUACUACAUCAACAAGGGCCAGUGCUAUCAGGGCGUGUGGAAGGACGGCACGCCAAAGUGCGGGGAGAUGAUUGAUAUGGAAAGAGAGCGGGCCGACGACCCCACCAAAUACGCAAUCCCACAACUUGGCCUCAAGGACGCGGAGGAUGUGUUGGACGCGGCGGAGACCAGCGUGCUGGCGUUAAACGAAGAGUGAACAAACGAACAAUCAA